UGUAACUGCAUGAAUGAAGCCAGUUUGACGGGUGUAGCCUUUCCAACGAGCUCUUCCUCCUCCUCCUCUUCUUCCUCCUUCCCAAGGCUAAGCUUCUAGAUCAACCAAUGUUUGGAAGACCAGAAGACCGCCUCGUAGACCCAUCACAUUCACUUACCAAAGGCCCUGCUCUAAUUUGGUAACCCUGCCCUAAAUAAAUGCAUCUCUCUGAGCAUACACAGGAGGGCUAUCAGCCCCAGCUCUCUUGGUGGUGAAGAAUCUAGUGCUUUGUCCAAGGCUCAGUAGCCUUGACUCAGGAGCAAGACCAACAGAAUCAGAGGACCUGGGUCCAAGCCAUGAUUGAAGAGCACACCAAAGAAGAUCACAAAUGGCACCCAAAAAGAAGGGAGGAGGAGGAAAGAAAGGAAAAGCCAAAGCUCCACCCAUUGUCGAUGGCAUCCCACCAGAGGAAAUGAACAAGGAGCAGGUGGAGGAGCACAUUAUGCGGAUUAGGGAGGAACUGGACCGGGAAAGGGAGGAACGUAACUACUUUCAGCUAGAGCGAGACAAGAUCCACACCUUCUGGGACAUCACGAGGAGGCAGCUGGAGGAGAAGAAGGCAGAGCUGCGGAACAAGGACCGAGAGAUGGAGGAGGCCGAGGAGAGGCACCAAGUCGAGAUUAAAGUUUACAAACAAAAAGUGAAGCAUUUGCUGUAUGAGCACCAGAACAACCUGACGGAGAUGAAAGCUGAAGGGACCGUGUCCUUGAAGCUGGCACAGAAGGAACACCGCACACAGGAGAAUGAGAUGCGUAAGAACGUGCGGUUCCUCAAGGUGGAGCUGAAGGAGCAGGAGCUGGCCAACGAGGUGGUGGUGAAGAGCCUGCGCCUGAAACAUGACGAGGAGAUUACUCGGAUGAGGAAUGACUUUGAGAGACAAGUACGAGAGAUCGAGUCCAAGUAUGAUAAGAAGAUGAAAAUGCUUCGAGAUGAGCUAGAUCUUCGGAGGAAGACAGAGAUCCAUGAGGUGGAGGAGAGGAAGAAUGGCCAGAUCAACACGCUGAUGAAGAACCAUGAGAAGGCCUUCAGCGACAUCAAGAACUACUACAACGACAUCACCCUUAACAAUCUGGCGCUCAUCAACUCUCUCAAGGAGCAGAUGGAGGAAAUGAAGAAGAAGGAAGACCAUUUAGAAAAAGAGAUGGCAGAAGUGAUGGUUCAGAACAAGAGGCUGACGGAUCCUCUGCAGAAGGCCCGGGAGGAGCUGCUGGAGCUCCAGAAGAAAUUAGUCAACUAUGAGAAGGAUAAACAUGCCCUGGCUAGCACAAAAGCCCGUUUGAAAGUCACUGAGAAGGAAUUAAAAGAUCUUCAGUGGGAGCACGAGGUGUUGGAGCAGCGGUUCAUCAAGGUACAAAUAGAGCGAGAUGAUCUGUAUUCCAAGUUUGAGAAGGCCAUCCAGGAAGUACAACAGAAAACUGGCUUCAAGAAUCUGAUCCUGGAGCGCAAACUGAUGACCCUGUCGAAUGUGAUGGAGAGGAAGGAUGUGCAGCUGAACGAGAUCCUCUCUGCCUCCAACCUUGACCCCGAAGCCCUCUCGGUGGUCUCCCGGAAGCUGGAGGAUGUUCUGGAAUCUAAAAACAGCCUCAUCAAGGACCUGCAGUAUGAGCUCGCCCGGGUUUGUAAGGCACACAACGACUUGCUGCGAACCUAUGAGGCCAAGCUCGUUGCCUUCGGCAUCCCUCUGGAUAACAUAGGGUUCAAGCCUCUGGAGACUGUGGUGAUAGGACAGAGCCUGGGGCAUGGCCCCGCCGGGCUGGUAUCUAUGCCAACGUAGCCUGGGGGGACCGCAGCCGCCCUGCCCUCCCCUCCCCAGCUACAGACAUUCUUUAGCCCUGAUGCUGCACGUGGCCAAGGGGCUGAGGCCUGGUGAAGCUUCAGAGAUGGUUGCUCUGGAUUGUGCCUCUUUUCAUGGACUUAAGGUCGGUUAUUUUUUAAAAACUUCAGCAGAUGAAAAAUUUUUAACUAGUCUAUAUCUCUUUGCCUUGCUCUGUCUCAAGGCUUCAUUAAAGUGGGCCCAGGUAUAGGAAAGAAACUAUGCAGUGUUUUCUUGGUGAAUGGUUCCCCCAUCCAAGUAUCUACAAGGGUCUGCCCCCCCUCAGAUUCACCCCAAACCCUCCCUGCACACGCUUCUCCUGGGCCUGCUCUCCUGUCAUCCCCAUGUACCUUCUGGCUGUGGCCCUCCCCAAGAUCUCCCAGGACUCCUAGGAGCCUCUGCCCCUGCCUCUGGGUGUUAUACCGAGAAAUGAGCGAGUUGACCACCCAAGCUAAUUUUAAAUUGUGGACUUUAUUAGCGCACGGCU